UAGUCGUUUGCGGCGGCCGUUCCGAUCGCACAAUCAAACCGCGCACGCGCAGCCGAUCGCACGCCGCAACGAUUCAAUGCAAUCGUGAUAUUAAAACUAACACUUAAACAAAUUAAAUUAAAAAAACCUUAACGAAAACCAUUGUGCAUAUGGAACGUUAAAAACAAAUGAACAAUUUAGUGCAGAGCCGUUAUCAAAAUGACGUUGCGGGUCGAAGUGCCCGGAGAAAAGAUCGUGAGUGUGGAACCGUGCAAGUGCAAUAAAAACUAUACAAAUGAACUCGCGAAAGCCGAGACCAAGCUGAGCAAAAGGAUAAAAAAGUUUAUCAAAACAUCCUGGGCGUUCAGAUCCAAGAUCACGGUUGAGCCGUUCGUAAUAUGUUACAUACUUCCAAGUCUACUCGCUGGAUUGGCGGUCCAGAACUUGUGCUUAGAGAAAUCAUGCCUAGUAAAUUUACAAUACGACAGAGACACCUGCACACACAUAAUGCAGGGACGCACACACAACUACACAGAGCAGGAGAAGAAUGUACAAACCAUGGUAGCCGGCAUGACGGCUUGGAGUAUUCCAUUACAGACAGCCCUACCUGGAAUCUUGACCCUUUUCGUGGGCGCGUGGAGCGACCGCACUGGAAACAGAAAAGCGUUCAUGGUUAUCCCUAUACUUGGAAAAUUGAUAGCGGUCAUCGGCAUUAUUUUGGCGACGAUCUUUUUUUUCCAAAUCGGCUUGACUGAAACUGCUCUCAUUGACGGAUUACUUCCAGCUAUAGCAGGAGGACGCGUAGCCAUGACGAUGGCCGUGUACAGUUAUAUCACCGACAUUACUACCGAAUCAGAACGGACUUUUCGGCUAGGGAUCAUCACGGCUAUUUUAACCCUCAGCAGGCCUGUAGGGUUAGCUCUUAGUGGAAUUAUGACAAAGCGUUUCGGUUACUAUGGUGUUUUCACAGUAGCUUGCGCGUUUUAUUUGAUCGGAUUUGUUUACAUAGUUGUGAGAUUAAAAGAGAAAAGAGCGAAGAAAAUAGACGAUGAAAAGAGUAGUGUAUUAUCUGUGUUCUCAAUAAAAGACUUGGCGGCCACAGUGAAUGUUGGUUUUAAAAAGCGAGAGGGCAGCAGGCGUCUUCAGAUAAUCCUAAUUAUGUUUGCGUACAUGUUCAUCGUUGGACCGGUCUUAGGUGAGGCGCAGAUGACGUACUGGUUUACACGGUACAAGUUCAAAUUCACCGAGGUGGACUACAGCCUAUUCCUCACAUACUCCGUACUCGUUGGAAGUGUUGGUUCGUUCGUAACAAUAUAUUUGUUCAGCAAGCGCUGGGAGAUUGAAGACAGCAUUAUCGGAGUGGUCGCGUGCCUGAGCAGGAUAGCUGCUAGCGUGGUCUACGCCCUGGCUCCUUCCCGCACUAUAUACUUCUUGGGCCCUGUACUGGAUAUGUUCAGUUCUGCUGGAGCUACCUCUUUGAGGUCGAUUGCUACGAAGCUGGUGAACGAUGAUGAAAUUGGUAAAACAAGCUCUCUAAUAAGCAUAUCGGAAGCCUUGGUUCCCGUGAUCUACUCUCCCGUGUACAGCAAAGUUUACCUCAGCACCCUGUCCACCUUCGCUGGCGCCUUCUACCUGAUCAGCGCGGCCUUGGCUGUUCCUGCCAUAGUUAUAUUAGUAUUAUUGUUCAUCUUAAACAGAAAAGACGUGAUCGACAGCAAACGGACACCACCACAGGAUGCCAAGAAGGAUGAGACGACACGUUUUUAAUUACUGUUGUUACUAUUUAGUAUUUACUCGCUUUAAGUAUCUUUACAGAAAAAUCUCAAUAAAAUUAAGGUUUGUAUUCAA